AACGAGGCUCGAAGAGAGCUUGUAAACAUAUUCCGCUUAUAGCGACUAGAGACUCGUAGUUAGUACCAUGGUGGUGCAGCCUAUCGAGCAGUUUACUGCCGACUGGUGCUGCUGGGCUGAUGUCAGAAUGGAAAUAUGUUAGUGUAGCCUGUAGGCAGCCUACCGGAGGUUCCUUCUAUUUGUAGCGUGACAGUCACUCGGACUUAUAAGUGACCGUGGUUUUCAAACUGAGCAUUAAACGUAUGAUUUCACUCGGUACAGGAAUCAUGCAGGAUUACUAGUUAAUGCUGCCAGGAGAUCAGUAUAACAGCAGUUUAACACUUAAUUCAAAUCCAAAAGGUUUAGUGGAAAAUAUGGAUGUGCUACCGAGCGGAGGAAUCUUCGGCGAACUUCAGGUGGUUCAUGACACGGGGUACUUCUCGGCUCAGCCUUCUCUGGAAGAUCGAUGGCAGCAGAUGUCGUUUUGUCUGUUUCAGACCCUUCUGGAGAUGGAGCGGUAUCUUCGUGAAGAACCCCAGCUGCACCCUUGUCAACCUCUACCCGACGACCUCAAAAGCCCCUGGGACCUCUUUACUCUCCCCAAAGAACAAAAUACAUCCAUAAAGAAUGUUAUGGAAGAGAACCGUCUCUUGUUGAAUGGCGGGGAGGUCGAGAAUACAACCAGUAUUAGCGAUUCAGGUAAUAGCAGUGGUGGGGAAGAUAGGCUUAGUAUCUCUGACCUCGAUAUCGAUGAUCGCACUCUUGAUAUCAGUAUUAAUUCAGUCUCAAGCUCUUUGUCGUGUGAAAGUUCAAUGGGUAAAGUUUUUCGAGUUCCAAACACUUCUAAUGUUUUUAAAAGCAAUGUUCAAAGCUUGAAAAGGAAGAAAGUGUUAUCGCCUACGGCAUCACCGGAAAAAGUUGUCUUGAAAAUGGUUAAUAAAUCAGAAGCCUCGUUUUCUCCUCCGUCCUCACCAGAUGGCGAGUUUGUGCAACCAGUCACCCAAAGUCUGGGAUUUAACUCCACUAUACAAGUGUCGAUAGGACCAAAAGGAGACGUCUUUCAGAAGACGACACUCUUAAAUUCCACAUUAAUGUCCCCAGCAUUCUCAACCAAACCCGUCGGCUCUCCACGACCUAGAUGUCGGUUGGACCUCGGAUCAGAUAAGAGACGAGUGCACAAGUGCCAGUUUUCUGGUUGUCAGAAAGUGUACACAAAGUCUUCUCAUCUCAAAGCUCAUCAGCGAACUCACACAGGUGAAAAACCGUACAAGUGUUCUUGGGAAGGCUGCGACUGGCGUUUCGCUCGUUCUGACGAACUGACCCGCCAUUAUCGAAAGCACACUGGUUCGAAACCCUUCAAGUGUUCCCAUUGUGACCGCUGCUUCUCGCGUUCUGAUCACCUCGCGCUUCAUGCAAAGCGACACUCAGUAGCUACACGAUCUUUUGAUUAAUCAUUUCCAAAAUUAGGUGAAAAUGUUCUUCCUUCAUCUGGAACAUCAUGAUGUAAAAUCAUUAAUUAGCAAAAAAGAAUAAUAAUAAUAACUAAGAAUAGUGACUCGAGUUAGAUAACUUUUAUAUUCUUACAUGUUAGUAGAAAUGAUUAAUUCGUAUAUUUUCUUUAAAGAUUUUUAACAAAUGCUCUCGCGAAGCGAACCUCAUCCUUUGCUGUCUUUGUGUUUUAUUCAUUUACUACAAAUAAAGAAAAAUUAUUGGGUAAGAAAAAACUAUUUCACUGGGGCACCGAAUUUCUAAAAAUUUCCGCGAUAUUUUAUUUAGCUAAUAUGUAAACAUUUUCAAGAAAGUUUAUUGUUGGAGACGUUGCAAAAAUCAACUCAACAUUCAGUACAGUUGAAUUUGUUGUUUCAUUUUAAAUGGUUUGUCAUAAAUAUUGUGUUAAUCAAAAUUCAGACAAUAACGGCAAUUUCAUGAAACAUGAGUUUAUAAAAUGUUAUAUUUGAAUUUAAAAUAUCUUGCAUUUUUAUCUUAUUUUAAUUAACAAGCGUACAUGAUAUUAACUGAUGUUAAAGAUGACGCAUGAAUGUGUUGAAACUGGUUUCUCUAAUUGCAAGUCUUAUGAUUGUUUGUUCCAUAUAACGUGAUCUUUUCACUAAUUUUUUUAUAUUAACUGCUUGCUUUAUACAGCGGGAAAAUGCCAAACGAUUUGGAGAACUAACUUGCUUAUUGUUCUUACGUCAACACUCUGCCAAAAUUUCUGAUCUUUUUUUUUUCAUUAUGUAAAAUAGUUAUCUAGUAUUAGUAUUUAGUUAAAAUAGUUAUUAAACAAAGAAUUGAUUUAAAAUAACUUUAUGACCAGCUAGGCUUCAGAACAAACUCUUUGUAUACUUUUUUUUUUCCAAAGUAGUGCUUUAAUUAAUGACAGGAUGGAAUUUCAUUAUCUUAUUUUUUUAAAUAUAAUAUUUAUGCCAUUUCUAAAAGUAAUAUGAACUUCUAACAUUCUGAAUAAAACUUUUACUCAAAAGAACACUAUUCUUGUUUCGAAAGAAAAUGUUGUAGGCUUAGUUUUAUUGAAUCAUGUAGAAACGUCAACUACUUUUUUACAGUAAAAAGAUUGCGAAAAAUAAAGUUGCUUUAAAUAUAAAUCUACGUGCAGCGUAAGCCACAUUUAAGUAUUGUAAUUUUUUAACUAUCUCACAAGGUUAAACGUUAUUAGUUGUUACAUGUUGUAAGACUGUUGAUUAAGAUCAGAAGGUCAGUUAUUUUCAUGAUAAGAUGAGAAAAUUUUAAAUAAACAUUAUCGCCUAAAUUUUUAGAACAUAAAGAUCACAGUAAGGGUUAUUUUAGUUUUGUUGUGCUGUAGACUGAUUUGUUAGCAACAGAAACCUACUUCUUGUGUAUACCUCAACAAAAGUAAUUCAGCCAGAUGUUUACUAGUAUUGAAAAAUUGUAACUUUUUACUUGCUUCUUGUGAAAGGUCGAAUAGUCUCCUCACGCUCCCGCCACUUCUUGUAAAGCUUAAAUAAUCUGCUUGCUAUGGUAUAUUAACCUUCAAUGUUUGUAUGACGCCACUAGUGAAGAACUGAAUAAUGCCUUAGUGACUGUGUUAGCCAUCGUGUUGAUCAUUCAAAAUGGACCAAAGUUAAUUUCUAUGCCUUUGCCGAAAUGUAUACUUUUGAAAAUAAUUUCAAUUAUAUAUAAGAUUGUUACAUUUUACUACACAUAUGGGCAUUGUAUGUGCACAUUUUGAUAACCUGAAUACUUUUGUACUAAAUUUAGUCCACCUUGUUUAAUAAUUGUACCUGAUUGUUUAUAAAGUGAGGAAAGUAUUCAUGCUUGUAAAAUUAUUUAAGUAUUUUCCCCUCGACUUUGAAUGUUAUUGUUUCAAAACUUUGUCAAUAGGAGUGAUAUCAUUAAAGCUCAAUAAAUAUAUUUAAUUUGUUCAGAAAAGUAUUAGAAAGUAAUAAAUUUAACAUUAUGAUUAAGAAAAAGCUAUAUUUCAGUAUAUUGACAAUGAAUUUAAUGAAAACUAAAAGAGCCUGUUUUGAUUUGGGUCAAAUAUUUCGCAGGACAAGUGUAUAAAAUGUGUAGAUAUACAUAUCCUAUAGUUUUAUGUAUAUGUAUUUCUUCUGGAUUGUAGUCCCUUUUGUUGUGCAGAAUAAAAAAUAGCCAUCUUAAUGUCAAAAUACCAUACUUUUCAAUCUUAGUUAGUCCAAAAGUCCAAGCUUAAUUUGGUGAAAUACUGUGUGUAAUUUUGUGACAAAGUUAUUAGAGAAACAAAAAUAUUCAAAAAUUAAGAGCAAUUGAGGGAAUGAAUGGAAAAGAAGAGUGAGUUUUCUUAAAAGAUCAACGCUUUUUUGUCGCGAUAUUUCGUUGAUUAUAUAUCAUUCGUCAUACCACCGCCGUUUGGGCUUCAUUCUUCAUUGACAGCAUAUUCAUAUCCAUCUGUGAUGUGUACAUACAUAUAUAUGUAUAUAUAUAUACCAAACAUUUAAUUGAAUCUUAGCGGUUGUUACUUGAUUUGCCAAAAAGUUGAUUUUGUAUGCCUCUCUUUGGAUUUUAAUUUAAUAAAGAAUGGUAAUUACUGGGCUCUUAUUUC